AUGGGUCGCACCAAGGAAGAUGCCACCAUCGGCAUCAUCGGCAUGGGUGAUAUGGGCAAGAUGUAUGCCAAUCGCCUGAGUGCUGCUGGAUGGAGGAUAAACGCGUGUGACAGACCUGAGAAUUAUGAAUCUUUAAAACAAGAGUUCGCUUCUCAACAAGGAGUCACCAUAUUCCCAAAUGGCCAUCUCGUUUCAAGAAUUAGCGAUUUCAUUGUGUACAGUGUAGAGGCUGGAGUCAUCGACAAGGUCGUGGCACAGUACGGACCAUCAACCAAACUCGGUGCCAUCGUUGGAGGUCAAACGUCCUGCAAGGCUCCGGAGCUUGCUGCAUUCGACAAACACCUCCCUGCUGAUGUAGAGAUCGUAUCCUGCCACUCGCUGCACGGCCCCAAAGUCAACACGCAGGGUCAACCUCUGGUUCUGAUCCAACACCGCGCCUCGGACGAAAGCCUCAAAUUCGUUGAACACAUCCUCUCCUCGUUCGGAUCGAAGCAUGUCUAUCUCACCGGUGAGAUGCAUGACCGUAUCACCGCCGAUACGCAGGCCGUCACCCACGCCGCCUUCUUGAGUAUGGGAACCGCAUGGCAGGCAAACAACCAAUUUCCGUGGGAGCAUGGACGCUGGGUCGGCGGCAUCGAGAACGUCAAGAUCAACAUCACAUUGCGCAUCUACUCCAACAAGUGGCACGUCUAUGCUGGACUAGCCAUUCUCAACCCGGCGGCUAAGCAGCAGAUCCGACAGUACGCAGAGUCGGUCACCGAAUUGUACAAACUCAUGAUUGGAGGACACCGGGAAGAGCUCAAGCGUCGAGUGAAGGCUGCAGGUGCUUCGGUGUUCAAAGCCGGCACUGAAGGACAGGAUUUGCUGUUGAAAGAUGAGGUCUUAGACCAAUUCUCUCUAUCUAACCGGCCGCGCGAGAAGUCACCACCGAACAGCCAUCUCAGCUUGCUUGCUAUUGUUGACUGUUGGUCGAAGCUGGGCAUCGUCCCGUAUGACCAUAUGAUCUGUUCCACGCCGCUUUUCCGUCUUUGGUUGGGUGUGACAGAAUACUUGUUCCGGAAUGACGACCUUCUCAACGAGGCCCUGGACACUGCCAUCGACGACACCACUUUCCGUUCUGAUGAUCUGGAGUUCACGUUCGCUGCACGGGCAUGGUCCGACUGUGUUUCCUUCGGCGACUUCGAGUCUUACCGUCACCGGUUUGAGCGCAUUGCAGAGUACUUCGCGCCGCGUUUCCCUGAGGCUGCCACUCUUGGCAACCAGAUGAUGAAGACCAUCCUGGAAAAAACCACCUCCAACAAGUAA